AUGGAUGUGGUAAUAAGAGAGGACCUCUGUGAGGGGGAGAAAGACUUCAUUCAGAAGAGGCUUCAGACAGUGAAGCGCUGGACACAAUAUCAUGGAAUUCCCUGCAGAGAUAAUCACCUGCCCCGUGUGGCACUGCUGGGCUCUGGUGGUGGUCAGAGAGCUCAGAUUGCCUUUCUGGGGGUCCUAUGGCAGCUGGCAGAGUGUGAUCUUCUGGACAGCGUCCUGUACCUGGCCGGGGUGUCUGGAUCCACAUGGGCCAUGUCCUCAUUGUAUGACGAUGCCCACUGGCCAGACAGCGUCGACCCUCUGGUCCGCCAAGCUCUUGACAUCUUUGGAGGGGCUCAGGACAAAGUCAUCUGA